GAGACACGCAGCGCAACACGCUCGAGCUUUCCGAUGAGAAGAUGAGCGGUGUCGCGAGGCGGCUGGUGGAAAAUGGAGAAGAGGAGAAGAAAACUAACGAACGCUGCAGACAGCUCAGACUUGCCCUACAAGGUCAGGAUCCAUCAGGCUACACGUCAGACCGGCACAGCAGUAAGGAGAGCAGUAUAGCAGUUGUGUUGCCACAGAAACCCAAAGAGCAGAAACAAACACUCAAACUCAUCUCUCCCACUGAAGAACAAGUUGAAGUCAUCAAGAUCUACCUUAAAGCACGCCCAGAGGCCGAAGAGAGUGUGAAGAUGCUGACAGACGAGGUGUCGCAGAUUCAGGAGGUGAGAUACUGUCUGAAGACUCUGAGAGAGCAGAUGGCUGCCAGACAAAACAGCAAUAACAACAAGUAUCCAGCAAAUGGCUUCAGGGUCAACAUGCUCAGCAACCAGCCAGCUGUCUCCAACGGCAACACCACCCCCCCUGAUGCUCAAGUCGGGGAUAUUCAGGAGGAGAGCGUGAAGCUCAGGGAGGCAACCAAGCAUUUGUAUGCACAGCUGAAGGAGAUGGAGAAGCAGCAUCAGGAAGAGAGGGACAGACUGCAGGCCGAGGCAAAUGAUUAUCUUACUCGUCUUACCGAGCAGUCAGAGCGGCUGGAGAAGACAGAGCAGCAGUCGGAGGAGAGGGGUCAACAGCUGGCAGAGCUGCAGAGGCUGUUGGGAAGCAUGGAGAUUGAGAGUGGCAUUCUCAAAGACGAGAUGGCUGCAGGGGAAGCUGAACUGCUGCAGCUGAAAGCAAACAAAGAGGAAGGAGCAGAAAAGGAAAAAAGGUGUGCAGAGCUCGAGAAGGAGGUGGCUGUCCUGAAAGAAAAGAUUCAUCACCUUGACGACAUGUUGAAGAGUCAGCAGAGGAAGGUCCGCCACAUGAUUGAGCAGCUGCAGAACUCACGGAUAAUCCUACAAGAGAGGGAUCGAGUCAUCAGAGACUUGGAGGAGAAGGUGGCUUUCCUGGAAGCUGAGAACAAGGAAAUGCAUGACCACAUGGAGUACUUCAUGGCUGGCCAGAACCCUCCACCCCGCUCAACAGAGAACAAGCCAGAGAUCAUUUAUAGCAAACCUCUCACACCGACAACACCAACCACCAAAGCCCUCCCGUUCAUCAAGGUCAUUGAGAUCAAGUCUUGAGUGGAGCAGCAACCAAAUAAAUGAUAAGAAGAAAAAUACUGUGUAAAUAUAUAUUUAACCACCCACCAGUAUAGAAGUAGAUCUGCAGUGGUAAGAAAUUUUUAUUUUAAGACUUUGUGCAAACUUCUUGAUAACUUUGGAGUUUUCUACAUACAUUUUGUUGGUUUUCUGAGUGUCAAAACAGAUUAUAAACAGAUUGAGAAAACAAGAGCAAAAAUCCUAAAAAAGAAACAGAGAAACUGUGCAAUGCCAGAAAUAUACUGAAUUUCUUGGAUGCUGUAUAUAGCCUCAAGUCUGUACAGCCUGUGCUGUCAGAAUGACUCUAGGAUGCAGUAAAAAUUGCAAGAGCUCAGUGAAGCUUUAUUUGAACCUCAAAAACUUUCUCAUGCAGAAUCUGAAUAAGCUGCUUCAGCCAUUUAAUAUAAAAGUCAGUCAAAGACCAUUUUCACUCAUAUAGGUCAGGUGUGCAGAUAAUCACUGUGUGCUCAAUGUUUUCACCUCCUAUGAAUCCUGUAGUCUAUUCAACAAUGUUCCCUCAGGGGUGACAGUCAAAGUACUUUCCACCACAUUACUAACAGCAGGUAAUAUGUGUUUAGACUAGAUUUACUUUUAACAUUAACAUAUUUGUCCAACAAUAAAGUAGGCCAAAUAUUGACAUAGCAUUAAAUGUUUAAACAUUUUUACUUUAGUUUUUAGAUGUAGGAAAAAAUAGGUGAUUUCCUUAUCCACUCUGCCACGUCCUGCUUCUGCUCAGGCCUGUUUUGUGCUAAAAUGUUUUAUAUUUAACAUUGUUAACAUUAUUCUGCAUUGUUUGCACAAGAUUCACAAUUUCUUUUUGUAAACAAUGUUGUAGUGCAGUGAGUUUUUAUAAUGUAAUUUACUGUGAACAUUGUAGAUACACUGAAGUUUAGUCUGUUCUUUUACUGUAGCCUUUGUUCAGUCUAUUUAAACGUAAUAAAGAAAGAAAGCACUACAAUGGGACUCGUCUUGUAGUUUCACAACUUCAACUUUGUCAUGUGUUGCU